UUCGCCACUGUCUAUAAAGCAAAGGACAGAAGCACUGGUAAAAUCGUGGCGAUUAAGAAGAUCAAACUGGGGAACAGAACAGAAGCUCAAGACGGAAUCAACAGGACAGCCCUCAGGGAGAUAAAACUGCUACAGGAACUAAGCCACCCAAACAUCAUUGGUCUCUUAGAUGCUUUCGGACACAAGUCCAAUAUUAGCUUGGUGUUUGACUUUAUGGAAACAGAUCUAGAGGUUAUUAUAAAGGAUACAAGUAUUGUGUUGACACAGUCCCACAUCAAGGCAUAUAUGCUAAUGACACUUCAAGGAUUAGAAUAUUUACAUCAGCAUUGGAUCCUACACAGGGAUCUUAAACCAAAUAACUUGCUGGUAGAUGAAAAUGGAGUUCUAAAAUUGGCUGAUUUUGGCUUGGCAAAAUCCUUUGGAAGCCCAAACAGAAUUCAAACACACCAGGUAGUAACAAGAUGGUACCGAGCCCCAGAGCUAUUGUUUGGGGCCAGGAUGUAUGGGGUUGGUGUGGAUAUGUGGGCUGUUGGCUGUAUUUUGGCUGAAUUGCUCCUCAGG